CUUAUUCGCUCUCAAUUUUCUAAACACAAAGCAGAAAACAGAGUUUUUUUAGAGUCGGAAAAGCCAAAAGCUCAAAAAGAGAAGAAAAAAAAUGUCGGGUAUGGGAGACGGGUACGUGGGCACGGCCCAAGACGCCGUGAGGAUCCGAAAACUCGAGAAGCAGAGAGAAGCGGAGCGCCGCAAAAUCCAAGAGCUCAAAGACAAGUCCGCCUCGUCCAAAGGCCAGCCGGGUCUCCUCCAGUUCGGCAAAAGUCGUGCCGAGAUUCUUGAAACUGCGUUUAAGAAGGAAACUGUGGGUUUGGUUACAAGAGAGGAGUAUGUUGAGAAGAGAAUUAAUAUUCGGACCAAAAUUGAAGAGGAAGAGAAGGAGAAGCUUCAGAAGCAGCAGCAAGAGGAGGAGGAGCUUCAAUUAAAAAAGCGUAAACAGAGGAAGAUAAAGGGGAAUUCUCGGUUAUCGUUUACUGAUGAUAUUGAGAAUGGUAGUGAAGAGGAGGAGGAUGAGAAUGAAACUUCACAAUCAAAGAAAUUUCGACAUGGCAAAUAUGGUAAAGAUCCAACAGUGGAGACUAGCUUUCUGCCUGACAGUGAGAGGGAGGCAGAGGAGCAAGCUGAACGUGAAAGGCUGCAGAGACGGUGGUUUCUUGAGCAGGAGCAGAUUCGAAAUGAGCCUCUUCAAAUUACUUACAGCUACUGGGAUGGAGCUGGGCAUAGGCGGGUGCUUCAGGUACGGAAGGGGGAUACCAUAGGAGAGUUCCUUCGGGCUGUACAGCAGCAACUUGCACCUGAGUUUCGAGAAAUUAGGACAACCUCAGUGGAGAAUUUGCUUUAUGUGAAAGAAGAUCUUAUCAUUCCCCAUCAGCAUAGUUUCUAUGAGCUAAUCGUGAACAAGGCUAGGGGCAAAAGUGGACCGCUUUUCCACUUUGAUGUGCAUGAGGACGUGCGAACAAUUGCUGAUGCAACAGUAGAAAAGGAUGAGUCUCAUGCUGGGAAAGUUGUCGAGAGGCACUGGUACGAAAAGAACAAGCAUAUUUUCCCUGCUUCAAGAUGGGAGAUAUAUGACCCAACGAGAAAAUGGGAGCGUUAUACCAUCCAUGGGGAUUGAUUAUUUGUCAAAGACAUUACCAGAUCAAGAACUUUAUGAUAUGUUUCAAAAGCAGUAGAACCCUAUUUUAUCAUCAGUUGUUUGGGCUCGAUUUUUGAAUUGUAAUGACUUACCUACCAGUUAAAAAUGGGAGUUUUAGUUCCUUUACUCUUUUAAGUAAUUUGCAUACAAAUCAUGGAAAAUGCUUGAAAUAGAUUGUAGAGACCGUUAUUAGUUAUAAUCUUCUCCCACUCUUCUGUUUUGUGCUUAUAAUCUGCCCGCCUUCUGUAAGUUUUACCAUACGGGAAAGAAGGAAUUUAUGUCAGAGAAACAUAUAGACAAUACUGGUAUGAUCAGACUAAUUUUGUUUGUGGAAGGAUGCUAUUCAAAAUAUUCAUAAUUGAAGGUUUUGAAACGGUUUUCUUAAAA